AAACAACUCUUCGCCAUUUCAGGUUUGGGGGGGCUGCAGUAACUCUCGGGAAGGAAUUAGGUCAACCCAGCGGAGGUGGAUGUUUCUUCAUUGAAAACGUUUCUACCUCGUUUCCUAUCAUCGGACGGUUUGGUAGUAGUUCUCCGAUGCGUGUUAUUUGGUUGGUGCGAAUGAGUUUUUCCUGCGUGGGACCGGGCUGAAGUGUGAAGUUGGUAUUCGGAUUUUCCUGCUAACAGCUAGUGAGCUAGCUGUGUGUGUAAACAACAACAAGGAUGAAGCGGGUGAAAGGAGGAGAGGAGAGCAGCAAUGGUUGCUCCAGUGAAAGCCCACCUGAAGCUUGCAAGAAGGUGCGGAAGCAGACGAGCGUGGCGUCAGAGGCAGUGGCAGCCAGUGAGUCACCAGACUGUGACUGGUCGAUGCUGCCUCAGGAGCUCCUGCUCCAAAUCUUCCAGUACCUUCCACUGCUUGAUCGGGCUUUUGCCUCUCAGGUGUGCCGCGGGUGGAACGAGGCUUUCCACAUGCCUGAGCUGUGGAGAUGCUUUGAGUUUGAGCUUAAUCAACCAGCUAGCUCUUAUCUGAAAGCCACACAUCCAGACCUCAUCAAGCAGAUCAUAAAGAGGCACUCCAACCACCUGCAGUAUGUCAGUUUCAAGGUGGACAGUAGUACAGAGUCUGCAGAGGCAGCAUGUGACAUCCUUUCACAGUUGGUGAAUUGCUCUCUGAAGACCUUGGGACUCAUAUCUACUGCCCGGCCCAGUUUCAUGGAGGUUCCAAAGUCCCAUUUCAUCUCAGCUCUGACUGUGGUGUUCGUCAACUCUAAAUCACUAUCUUCACUGAAGAUUGAUGACACGCCAGUUGAUGAUCCGUCUCUGAAGGUGCUGGUGGCCAACAACAGCGACACCCUGAAACUGUUGAAGAUGAGCAGCUGCCCUCACGUCUCCCCUGCAGGGAUCCUAUGUGUUGCAGACCAGUGUCAUGGGCUGAGAGAGCUGGCGCUGAACUACCACCUCCUCAGUGAUGAACUCCUGUUGGCCCUCUCGUCUGAAAAGCAUGUCCAUCUGGAACACCUUCGUAUAGACGUGGUGAGCGAGAACCCAGGCCAGCACUUUCACACCAUUAAAAAGAGCAGCUGGGACGCCAUGAUGAGGCACUCCCCCAAAUUCAACCUGGUCAUGUACUUCUUCCUCUAUGAGGAUGAGUUUGGCCCUUUUUUCAAUGAAGAAAUCCCCGUCACGCACCUUUACUUCGGCCGCUCGGUCAGCAAGGAGGUUUUGGGCCGUGUCGGCCUCCACUGCCCCCGUCUGGUGGAGCUGGUUGUGUGCGCCAACGGCCUACGCCCUCUUGACGAAGAGUUGAUCCGCAUCGCGAAGCACUGCACUCAACUAUCAGCCAUCGGCCUGGGCGAGUGCGAGGUGUCCUGCAGCGCGUUUGUGGAGUUUGUUAAAAUGUGCGGCAGGAGGCUCUCCCAGCUGUCCAUCAUGGAGGAAGUGCUGAUUCCAGAUCAUAAAUACUCCCUGGAUGAGAUUCACUGGGAGGUGUCGAAGCACCUGGGCAGGGUCUGGUUCCCAGACAUGAUGCCAACCUGGUAGAGGAAACCCAGAGCACGGAGCUCAGCAUGUCCACGUAUGUGGUGUGGAACAUUCAUGACCGCCAUGUUUGCAUUGAUAAGCCUUUAAAUGCUCAGCUGUAGUGAAAUGUUAGGUGCCAACAUGGUGAGCAUAAACUCUGAGCUCCUAUAUGGAGUAAAGAGAAGGGAUAUAAUGUGGCAUCCGACUUUUAUACAAUUCCCUCCUAAUGCUGACAACAUGGACUGUGGAAAUGUUCACCUGAUCUACAGACAAAACAAUGUUAUCUGGUUUUAUCCUCACAUUUGAGCAGGUGGAAAUAAGCAAUGUUUUUUAUAACAAUAUGAGUCAUAUGGACAUUGUAGUUUGAUGUGAUAGUUUGUUUAGCAGAGAUGCCGGAGUGUCUGUAUAUGUAUGCAUGUGUAUGCAUAUGUUUCAUUCAUUUUCUUUCUCCUCUUUUGUGUUAUUGUGGAGUAAAUUAGGACACUUAGGUGCACAUUUGCAUGUUAGACUACCACUUGGCCUACUUGCUUCACUCUAAGACAGAAGCUCUGCACUCACAAUAUGGCUUUGGAUGCAACGGCUGUAAUAUUAAUUGUAUAUAGGAAGUGACAGGAUGUGAUUUGUCAGGUAGGGAGUGUUUAAUUUGCAGAGGAGUGGCUGGGCCCUACACCUCAUGUUUUAAAUGCGAGCAGCGGGGAGCGUCGAUGAGCUUGUUCUGCUCACCUGAGCUCAAUCAUGCAUCACAAACUCAUUGUUGGAAAUGUUAGAUGUUGGCGGAGAGAAGCAGAAAUGUGUAUAUAUGUUUCAAUAUUUGUGAUGUUAAGGUGUACAGUAUUGAUUAAUGUAACUGAUUUAUAUUUUUUUCCCCCAAAUUAUUCUAUUUUUUUUCUUCUUGUCCUACAUCCUUUAUAUUGGCUUGACAUACUAUUUUCUUGUUGGUGAAAAGAAGGUUUCUGUAUAGUCGAAGAUUUUCUACGCACCUUACAUGAAAACCAAAUGAUAGUCAGGACAAACCCAAGUCCUAAUGGCCAAAUAAAUACAAAGAUUCACAUUAUUAUUUAUACUGUACUGGAGGUCUGCUGAAGCAUAUACCGAGAGCAGUAUAUUGAAGUAAAAAGCUAUUACUGAGGAAAAACAAUAAAAUUAUUCUAUGUAAAUAAAGAUAUAUCUGGAGGAGUGUCUGGACUGGGAGACACACACUCUGUGCUGAGAUUGGUUUGCAGUAGACAGACAUCAGUGCGGCUAUUAGCUUACAGGUGCAUUAAAUUAAUAUAUUUCCAAUAUAGGUUUCAGUUGUAUCUUCUGCUAUUUGCCUGUUGAAGCUCUAAAUCUUCUGCAGAUAAGUACCUGCUCUCUUUUCAGCUCUGGUUUGCUCUGCAUUGUCAUGUUGUUUAGAAAGCACUGUUCAUUAUGAACAGUUUUCUGCUCCUGUCCCACACAUUCAUUCAUUUCAGUCAAUAGAGAUAUGGCAAGUCAGAUGAGUGAAACUAACUUUUUUUCCUUUAAGAAGGAAGUCAAAUGCAUCUGUAUAUAAAAACGCUGUGUGUUUAUUAUGAAUAGAAAUGUACUUAUUUCUUUAUUUCACCCUAUGCCGGGGUUUGACGUUUGCUUAACCAUCAGCUCGUGUCUUUUAUAAAACCAGAGUGCGAGUAAUCCUUUACUAGAUGGGUCUUUUUCAUACUGUAGACACUAGAAAACUAAUUGGUAUGGCGACUGACAUAUGGAUUUAAUUUUGUUUUUUAAUGAAAUGAGAAGCAGCGCUGCAGCGAGUUCUAUUUUUUUCAGACACGUUUGCCUCUUGUCGUUAUGGUUUUGUUGCAUACAGGUGGUCCAAAAGUCCAUUACCACAGAUUUAUUCCCCCUCCCCAGUGAAAUUCUACACCUGAGUGAAUGUCAGAAAACGGAAGUUGUGUUGCUUUCUCUCUCAAGUCACCAGAUCUGAAUCCUCACUUUUAUGAAAAAAAAGAAAAAAACUUAUGACUUUAAACUGAGAUAUACUUGUAAAAUAACUUGGAUAACAAUCUGCAAAGACAAGGAAAAAAUGGUUAAAGAGCACUUCGAGUCGCAGUCGCUUUCAGAUUUACAUCCCAACCUUUUAACUUAUGUCUGUAUAUGUUAUCAAGAGCUACUGCGUUUAAGUGGUAUCAUUUGUUAAAACAUGUAUAUUCAUAAAGUUACUGAUAGUGCACACAUUUUAAGACAGUUUGUUUGGAUGUGUAUAAAGUAAAUGUAGAUUGCUUUAUUACCAGACUUCAUUCCAUUUUAUCCAAGGUGUAUUUCAAGUAGACUAAAACAGACAUUUCAUGAGGUGCAACUAUGUCUAAGUAUUAUUGGACAGAAUGAGUCUCAUAUGAUCAUAAUGUUCUGACUAAACUAGGUACCUGUGCUGUCUGUGUUUAUGUCAACGGUACAGUAACAUAUCAGCCGAUUAGUUUUCUGAAUUUGUACAGUGGCUCUAAAGUGGACUCGCUUCAGUUACUUGUACUGAUAGUGCAUUUGAUUUUCCUGUCGUCUUCAUCUGAAUAUUCAGCUGCAUCGGUAAAACGUGUUUAACGUUACAAAUGCACAGAGGGAAAAUUAUUUAUCUUUCAUCGUAAAUAUGCUUAUUGUCAGUAAUUGUUUUAAUCUCCUUUGUUUAGAGAGUACUCUCGUACGUUUAUUCAGAAUAAAUUGGUGUUGGUGGAUGAUGCUGUCCUUUAGUUUUGCUUCUGUAUGGAGAAAAGAAAAAAAUACCAUCUACUUUGCUUUACAGGUCACCUGUCUUUAAAUUAAAAUUAUUGUUUUGGACAUGUGAUCUCAUACUGAAAUAAAAUUUGUGAAUGUA